AUGUCUUCUUUUUCCCUAUCUGAACAGGAAAACAUGUUUCCAAAUCAUCAAAGCCAAGAGUUUAGGAGCUACACCAUAUUUCCCUGUUUCAUCUUUGUAGAGAUGGUGAUCAUGGCAGGGACGGUGAUGCUGGCGUACUACUUCGAGUACACGGACACUUUCACCGUGAACGUGCAGGGCUUCUUCUGCCACGACAGCGCCUACCGCAAGCCCUACCCGGGCCCGGAGGACAGCAGCGCCGUGCCUCCCGUGCUCCUGUACUCUCUGGCCGCCGGGGUCCCCGUGCUCGUGAUAAUAGUUGGAGAAACUGCUGUGUUUUGCCUACAACUGGCUACAAGGGAUUUUGAAAACCAGGAGAAAACUAUUUUAACUGGAGACUGUUGCUAUAUAAACCCACUGGUGAGGAGAACUGUACGAUUUCUUGGAAUUUAUACAUUUGGACUGUUUGCAACAGAUAUCUUUGUAAAUGCUGGACAAGUUGUCACAGGAAACCUGGCUCCCCAUUUUCUUGCCCUGUGUAAACCCAACUACACAGCACUUGGGUGUCAGCAAUAUACGCAGUUCAUCAGUGGGGAAGAAGCCUGCACAGGCAACCCAGAUCUCAUCAUGAGAGCGAGGAAGACAUUUCCAUCCAAAGAAGCGGCUCUCAGUGUCUAUGCAGCUAUGUAUCUGACAAUGUACAUUACCAACACAAUCAAAGCCAAAGGAACAAGACUUGCUAAGCCCGUUUUAUGCCUAGGCUUAAUGUGUUUGGCCUUUCUUACUGGACUCAACAGAGUUGCAGAAUAUCGAAAUCAUUGGUCCGAUGUGAUAGCAGGCUUUCUGGUUGGAAUAUCUAUAGCAGUAUUUCUUGUUGUAUGUGUGGUAAAUAAUUUCAAAGGAAGACAACCAGAAAAUGAGCAUAUACACACGGAUAACCGGGCACAGAUGCCAAUGAUAAGCAUUCCUCGAGUAGAAAGUCCUUUGGAAAAGGUAACAUCCGUACAGAACCACAUCACUGCCUUCGCAGAAGUCACAUGA